AUGACGAGGUCCGAUCAAAUAUCUCCUCCAGCCACAAACAGCAUACCUCCUCAAAUUACGGACCCUCCCCAUGAAGGCCCAAGUAAACAUAAUGAUGAGGGCUUCCCAAGAGACGUCAAAAGAAAUACUCCACCUCCUUCCGAAGAUAACAGCGAUGUAUCUGCCGCAACAUUCACUGCGCGCAAAGCAUCAAAACUGCAAUAUAUAUCAAGGUAUAUGGGCAUGGAGCUAGAUCGGACCCACACAGACCUCGUCCUGAUAAUCUGCGGCUUCGUCGCCGGCCUCGUCGACGGGCUCUCGUUCAACGCAUGGGGAAGUUUCUCAAGCAUGCAAACAGGAAACACCGUCUUUAUCGCCCUCGGUGUAUCAGGCCAACCCGAAUACCCAGCAUACCUAUGGGCCAAGUCCCUCAUUGCCCUAACGGUCUUCCUCUCCAGCACAAUCUUCUUCAUCCAGCUCUCCCGCCUUCUCAACCCUCUCCGCCGCUCAACCCUAAUUCUCUCAUUCGGCACCCAAACAGCCGCGCUCCUUGUCGCCGCUAUCCUCGUCCAACUAAGCAUUGUCAGUCCCCGGCCCGAAGACCCGCGCGCCCCGAUAGAAUGGAGCCAGAUCAUCCCCAUCGCACUCCUCGCCUUUCAAGCCGCCGGCCAGCUCUGCGCGUCACGGCUACUGGAAUACGACGAGGUGCCAACUGUUGUCGUGACGACGCUGCUGUGCGAUCUGCUAAAUGACGUGAAACUCUGCGCUAGGCCAUGGUCUGCGAAUCCGAAGCGGAAUCGCCGGAUUGGGGCCUUUUUGGCGCUAUUUCUGGGGGCGAUGACGGCGGGAGGGCUCUCGAAGGUCGCUUCUAUGGCGAGUAGUUUGUGGUUUGCUAUGGCGCUGAAGAGUGCUAUUACGGUUUCGUGGGUGUUUUGGAAGGAUGGGGAUGGGCGUAUAAGGCCGAAGAGGGGUUUCCGAUGA